AUGAAUGGAGCUGAGAUUUCAAAUUUUGAUCCUAUCGUCUCUUUCUGCGAGACUCUGCUUAAGUUUAGCCAUACCGUGAUGAGCAAGUCACCAAACAAACAAAACCGUUUAUACGUGAAAGCAAAGCCAAUGGAGGAAGCGCUUGCAGAGGCCAUUGUUGAUGGAAAGAUGAACCAAGGCAAGACUCCAAAAACCGUUCGAAAAGUGCUGUUCAAUGAGUUUGGUUGGCAUAAAGAACUUUCCAAAAAAAAAAAUCAGACUUUUAUUUACAACAAAAGCACUAAGUCAAAAAUAGACAGAUGUUGA